AUGCAAUUCAAACAAAUACCAGUGAUUAUUGUUAAUCAAAGUAGAUCCUUGGCUAAUUUAAUUUGCAAGUAUUUAAAAUUGACAGAAACAACAACGCAACAUAGAGACGAUUCCACUAAACAUGAACACGAGAGCAAGAAUACUAAUCAUCUACCGAUGCUCAAUCAUUAUUUUUCAGAAAAAAUUUUGAAAGAAGUGUUUUAUCCCUUGGGCAAGAUUAUUGUGAAUAUUUAUAAAGACUUACAACAGCUCUAUAAUUAUCUUCUCUGGUUUGCAAAAUGUUUAAAAUCGUCUUGUCGAGAUUUUAUUCAUGUGUUCGAUUUCAAGCCAACAAGUUCAUUGCAACACACAAUUUACAAUUCUUUAGUUCAAGCACGAAACAAUAUGCCAGAAACUAAGCAUAAAUGUCCAGUGACUACCGAUGAUCAAAUGUGUAUGGCACUUCGCUGGAGUAUUACAUAUGUCACUGAUGAUGUAUUAACGUUAAAUGCGAUCGUUUGGAAAGAUAUUAAAAAGCAUGAUCCACUCUAUAUUUUGGAUAGGAUAGACAAAGCAAUUAGUUUCAGCGAAGAAAAGCAUUUAUCAAUUAUUAUUAAAAAAUUAGUUGGUGAUUUCAUGAAACCAAUUUACAAAUCGAACAAUUCAUUUAAAUCGAAUUCAAAAAAUUUUGACACCGAUAAUAUGCAAAAACAGAAAGAUGCUGAAUAUAUUUAUCGUGAUAUUUUUCUCUGGUGUAUUUGGACACAUCGAUUAGAAAUGGCAAAAAUUUUUCUUGGUCAAAUAAAAACUCGUAUAUGUUCAGCAUUAAUAGCUUCAAAAAUUUU